CGCGAUUUCCCAACAAUUACCAUGCUUCAGUUUUUACUUUUUUGCAACUGUUCUCAGUAUCAUCCCGCGUCGUUAUAUUGUGACGUGAUCUAUACGGUAAUUGUUUAACAAGAUGGUGACCUUUGCUUGGUGGCUUUCUGAAUUCUCGCUGGUCUUGAUAUUCUUCGUCGUCUGCUGGCUAUGGCUUAAUCGGAAGGAAAUAGUGUUAUCGAGAAAAUUGCCUGGGCCGCGUAUUUUACCCUUAGUUGGAAAUGCUUUAGAAUUCUGGUGUAAAGACGAAGACAUUUUUGAUAGAGCGGUGGAAUUGGUGGGCAGUUAUCCGAGUCCGAUGAGGUUCUGGUUCGGCCCAAAGUUUACCGUCAUGUUGAGGGACGCCGAACACAUCGAGAAAAUACUGCCGUACGCAAAGUUUUCGAACAAAUCCGAAGAUAUCUACAAAUUCCUGAAAGUUUUCAACGGGGAGGGACUCAUCACCUCUUCCGGUGCGAAAUGGAAGAAAGACCGAAAACUGAUAUCGCCUCUUUUUCUGAAACGCUCCGUAAUGAAAUAUUUCCGCGCUAUUUUAAGGCACGCGCAAAUUUUGGCGGACAUUUUAAGUCAGAAAGUUGACGGAGCAACGUUCAACGUUGAACAUUACAUACACAGGGCUACGACAGACAUUGUAAACGAGACUGUUCUGGGGAUAAGAUCGGACGCCCAAAACGGCGAAUUGGACGAAUUAUUGUGUCAUAUCGCUAGGUGCUACGAAAUUGUUCACAGAAGAAUAAUAAAAUUUUGGUUGCAAAAUGACUUUCUGUACAUGUUGUCAAAUUAUUAUUCAGAACAACAGGCCGCCAUCAGAGUCAUUCAAGAGUUUUUUAAUCGGUGCUUAAAAGCAGUCGAAGCAAGACAUGCACUGCCAAAGCAGGAAUGCGGGACCCGUUCAGUUUUAGAUCAGAUGGUAGAGAUAAGAAGGCAAGUGCCGGACUUUGUAAUCAGCGACCAGCAAAUGAUCGACCACAUGGCUACAUUGCAGUCGGCGGCCGAAGACACGAUAGCGGUGAUCUGCUCGUUUUCGAUGCUCAUGCUGGGAAAAUAUCCCGAGUAUCAGACCAAAGUGUUUGACGAAAUUGUCAGGGUAGUCGGUAGAGACGAAGCGCUCCGCCAAGAACACCUGCCGAAGCUUGAGUAUAUGGACAUGUUCCUCAAAGAAGUUUUGAGGCUGUUUCCGAUUGGACCAUUCAUCGUGCGGGUGGCAAGUGAUGACGCUAACAUCGCGGGUUGUGAGAUACCAAAGGGAACGUCUAUCGUUCUCGCGAUUCACAAUGUCCACAGAGACGCACGCUAUUGGGAGAGACCCGAUGACUUCUAUCCGGAUCAUUUUUUACCGGAAGCUGCGAGGUCGAGGCACCCUUACGCUUACAUACCGUUUAGCGCCGGACCACGAGGCUGCGUGGGCAAAACGUACGCACAAAUGACCUUGAAGAUAAUUUUGACGACGGUCCUGCAAAAGUACGAGAUAGAAGCGGAUGGUAGCUUGAAGGAUCUUGCUUUGACGACGGAUAUUUCGGUAAGGUCGAAGGACAACAUAUAUCCGAUUCGGCUCCGGAAAAGAAUGUGAGGAUACGUGCGUGUGUAAUUAUUAAAUCCAAUGGUGCUCAGUAGUACCUUAAUUUUAACACUAAAAAUACAUUUUUUUGUCGCUUGCGUUUUCACUUAUUAUGUAUUUUAUAUAUAGUAUAUAAAGUUGUGAUGCUCACGUUUUAGCCUAAGAUAUUGUUUUUUGACACUU